UCCAAAGCCGCAGGUCUCAGCCGCUCAUCAAUGGCUGCCUUAGCCUCCACUCAUCCAAAUCUUCUUCAGUUCACUCCAAAACUUACGCCUUCGACUCGAAAACUUACGCCUUCGACUCGAAAACUCAAACACAAAAGAAUUGCAAUGAAACUCUCGGUCCAAGCAAUUUCGGCUUCCCCCCAAACUUCUUUUACUGAUCAAUACGUUCUCCAAUUAGCUGACUCAUUAGAAGACUCUCUCCCUACUUCUUCUUUUGCGCUUCAAAAUCUUAGGAACAAUUCCUCGGAAACCAUUCUUUCAACCCAAUGGCCCUCCCGAAAAGAUGAGUCCUUCCGCUUCACGGACACCUCUUUUAUCAAGAACUCAGAUAUAAAGCCAAUUUCUCACCCUCCAAAAUCCCUAACUUUUUCAGAUAUUUCAAGAGAUACUCAAUUGAAAAGUUUUUACUUUGCUGAUGGGUUUCUUUUGGAUUUUUCAUUUGAUUCAUCAAAUUUGCCUGAUGGGGUUUAUUUAGGUAGCUUGUCAAAGUUACCUUCUGAUGGAAUACUUGAAAGGGUGUCUGGAUUAUUAGGUGAUUUGGAAUGGAGUGAUUUGUUUUGGUCUAUUAAUGGACUAGGUGCACCUGAUUUGAUGGUUGUUUAUGUGCCCGAAGGGUGUAAAGUUGAGCAUCCUAUUUACUUGAAGUACAUUGCAGUUGAGGGAGGUGAUGAGGGGUCCAAAACGAUGCCGCUUUCAAAUCCCAGAGUGUUUGUGUUGGUUGAGAAAGGAGGGGAAGUGGGGAUAGUUGAGGAGUUUGCUGGUAAUGAAGAGAGCGAGUAUUAUUGGAAUAAUUCAGUUUUGGAAGUGGUGGUUGGAGAAGGAGGGAAAGUUAGGCAUUCUUAUGUGCAAAAUCAAUCUUUGAAUGCUGCUCAUAUCAAGUGGACUUCAGUCCGGCAGGAAUCAACUAGUACCUAUGAACUUGUCGAGGUGAGCACGGGUGGAAAAUUGAGCAGGCAUAACGUCCAUAUUCAACAAUUGGGCUCCGAUACAGUAACCGAAUUAACAACAUUUCAUUUGUGUGUUGGUGACCAAACACAAGAUCUACACAGUAGAAUAGUUUUGGACCAUCCACGAGGUUAUUGUCAACAACUUCACAAAUGCAUCGUGGCUCAUUCAUCAGGGCAAGCGGUUUUCGAUGGGAACGUAAAGGUCAACAGGUAUGCACAACAGACAGAUGCAGGGCAACUAACAAGGAGCCUCCUCCUCGAGCCUCGAGCAACCGUAAAUGUCAAACCCAAUCUCCAAAUCAUUGCUGAUGAUGUGAAGUGCUCUCAUGGAGCUGCCAUAAGUGAUCUAGAGGAAAGCCAACUCUUCUACUUUCAAGCUCGAGGGAUCGACUUGGAGACUGCUCGGAAGGCUCUUGUAUUUUCAUUUGGUGCUGAGGUUAUUGACAAGCUACCGCAUACUUCUCUCCAGAAGCAAGUAAAAAAUAAUGUUAAAGAAUUGCUUGGAUCCACAACCAAAGACUCCUAAUAAUCAAAACAAUGACUUGGUUUAUGUAUCAAAUUGUUAUAAUCAUGUGUUUUUCGAAUAAUCAUUCCUCCAUUCAUACAAAUUUUGUUCUUGUUUGAAGUAGAGAGGAAUAGCUGUACCUGCCGUAUAAAACAUUGUUGAUGGAUGCUUAACUGCUUAUUUUGUUGAGAAAA